AUGAAAGGACAUGGGGCAGAAGAUUUGUUUAACUGUUUAUACAGCUUUCUGGAAGAAGCAAAGUUGGAUAUAAAAUAUUGCCGAGGUCAGUCCUACGAAAAUGCUAGCAAUAUGGCAGGAAAAUAUUCAGGGUUACAGGCACACAUUCGAGAGAAGAACCCAUUGGCUGAAUAUGUGCCAUGUUUUGCACACUCCCUUAAUUUAGUCGGUGCAUCAGCUGUAAACUGCGUGACAACAGUGAGUGGAUUUUUUGAUUUUGUACAAAACUUGUAUGUCUUUUUAAAUGCAUCAACCCAACGGUGGGAGCUUCUAAUCAAAGGAUUGGAUAGUAACCAGUUAGUUCUAAAACCCCUUUCUGAUACUCGAUGGUCAGCACAUUCUGCAGCAACUAAAGCAUUGAGCAAAGGCUUUAAAAAUGUUAAGAUAGUGUUAGAGAACAUUGCUGAGGACCCCGAGGAGAAGGUUGAAGUUCGCACUACAGCUGCAGGAAUUGCAAAAAAGAUGGAUCAGUUAGAAUAUGGAAUUUUAUUAGAACUCUGGACACCCAUAUUAGAUCGCUUUCAUAAGACCAGUUUAAAACUGCAAAGUCCACAACUUGAUCUAAAUGAGGCUGUUCAACUGUUAACUUCACUAAAAGAAUAUGUAAAUUCACUUCGAGCACAGUUUGAUUUCUUUGAGAAGAAAGGAAAGGAAAUAACAGGGUCAACUUCUUAUAAAGAAGAGAAUCAGAGGAAACGAAAGCGAAGGAUUCAAUUAACCCGUCAUGAUGGAUCAGCUGAUGAAACAGUGUUUUCGGCACAGCAGAAAUUUCGAGUCAUGGUUUUCUUGCCAGUACUUGAUCACUUGAAUUCAGCAUUAUGUAAACGAUCAGAGGCAUACAGUGGUGUAUGUGAUAAGUUUGGUUUUCUGAGAAACAUUCGAUCACUGGAACAGUCUGAUUUGCGAAGAGCCAGUAGAAACUUGAUAGAUACUUAUGUAGAUGAUUUGGAAGAGUCAUUUGAAGAUGAAAUACUUCACUUCAAAGAAUAUUUGUUAGCUGAUACGUACUUGCAACAGAAUGAGAAAGAACUGUAA